CGGCGUGAGUGACGUCAUCAAACCGCGUCCACUACAAAGUGGGAAACCCAAACAUCCAUGUGGAAAACACAUGAGAAAGUGGAGCCUUCUGGAGUUUAACAGGAGCUAAGCUUUUGCAGCACUUUAAAGAACCAUAGCGGUUUAAUUGCUCAGUGUUAAUAAUUAUAAUAAGUAUACAAAAAUUUUACUGGAGUAUUCCAUUGGGGAAAUGGCUCUGUUUCUGGUAAACAGGUAUCUUGGAGAGGAGGACAACAGGAGCGUGGAGAAGGAGUCUCGGGCUCAGGCCUUACUGGCCAAACUGCAGCAGAAGGCCAAAGAGAAGCAGCAGCAGCAGCAGCAGACGCAACGUCCCUCCAAAGAACGGACGCAAGAGGCCAAAACAAAGAAAAGACAAGCUGAAGAGGACAGUAGUCAGGAGCCUAAGCUCCACAAAAAGAGGAGAUCAGCGGUGGAGUCUGGUAGCCAGGAGGAGCCGGGCCUCGAGGGGAAGAAGAACAAGACCGCUGGAAUAGAGAAGCAGAAGAAGAAAAAAGAUCGGUCAGGCAGUUCUGUUAAAGGUCAAUCAGAAAACACUCCAGGGACUGGAAGAGAUGGACAGGUGGACACUGGAGGAGAAGAAGAGACAACGGGGACAGAAAAUGUCUCGGGCAAGACGUCUGCUCCAACUGGAUACACGGUUCUGGGAGGAUUUGAGAACAGACCUGUCCAAAAGGUAGACAGAGUCCUGCCUCAGUGGCUCGCUCAGCCGGAUGUGAUCCACAGGGACAUUAAAAGCAACCUGGUCCCCAUCUCUGCCAUCCCAGAACUUUCACCUCUGCUUGUUAAAAAACUACAAAAUAAUGGAAUUCAGCACCUUUUCCCAGUGCAAGCAGAGGUAAUCCCAGCCAUCUUGGAGAGCGCCCAGCAGGGCCUGCUGAUUGGACGGGGCGGCUACAAGCCCAGAGACAUCUGCGUGUCUGCACCAACAGGCAGUGGAAAGACUCUUGCAUUUGUUAUACCUGUCGUACAGGUGCUGAUGGAGCGCGUGGUGUGUGAAGUCCGGGCUUUGGCCGUGUUGCCGACCAAAGAGCUCGCCCAGCAGGUUUGCAGAGUGUUCACGUCCCACGCUGAGGGGACCCCUCUCAGAGUGGUGAUGCUGGCUGGCCAGAGGUCUUUUGCUGCAGAGCAGGCUUCACUCUCAGAACACAGAGGGGGCAUGAGACGCAGUUUAGCAGACAUCGUAGUGGCCACUCCAGGCCGACUGGUCGAUCACAUCAACAAGAAUUCAGGCUUUAGUCUGGAACACCUUCGGUUUCUUAUUAUUGACGAGGCUGACAGGAUGAUUGACAGCAUGCACCAGUCCUGGCUCAGCCAGGUGGUGAAGGCGGUGUACAGGUCAGGAAGUGGAGGCGAAGCCAUGUCCAUCUUCAGGCGGACUGAGCCCGCGUUUAUCACGGCAGCCAGUCUGUCUCCACCUCAGAUGCCGCUGCAGAAGCUGCUGUUUUCUGCCACGCUUACCCAGAACCCAGAGAAGCUGCAGCAGCUGGGCCUCCACCAGCCCAGACUCUUCAGCUCCAUCCACAGUCACUCCAACACCAGCAGCACACCAGCUGCCCCCACCCAGACCCGGGGCGGCUUUAACUUCCCCCAGGGUCUGACGGAGUACUAUGUGCCCUGUACGUUAAGCAAAAAGCCCCUCCUCAUCCUCCACUUCAUCCUGCGCAUGAAGCUCAGCCCCAUCCUCUGUUUCACCAACUCCAGAGAAACUGCACACAGACUUUAUCUGCUGGUGCAGCUCUUUGGUGACAUUCAGGCUGCGGAGUUCUCCUCGCGGCUCUCUCCUGCUGAGAGAAAGAAGACGCUGAAGGAAUUUGAACAGGGAAAGAUCCAACUGUUGAUCAGCACGGACGCAGCUUCCAGAGGCAUCGACGUCAACGAGGUCAAAUGUGUUGUGAAUUAUGACGCACCGCAGUACAUCAGGACGUACAUCCAUAGGAUUGGAAGAACCGCAAGAGCAGGGAAAACCGGCCUGGCCUUCACCUUUCUGCUCGGAGUCCAGGAAAAGAACUUCCUUCAGAUGGUGGGGGAAGCAGGAAGCCCCGGGAUUCAAAAGCAGAUUGUCAAACCAGAGACCCUGAAGGGCAUGGAGGCCCGGUACGAGCAGACCCUGCAGGAGCUGGCCAGCGUUAUCAAGGAUGAGAAAGCCAAAUAAUGGAGCACCACUGCCAUCCUCCUCUGAGCUGACGUCUGUGUCUCAUAAAGACCACAUCGCAUUUUCUUCAGCUGUACUUGGAAUUAUUUAUGUUUAAUAAAACAUAAAAUGUC